UGAACAUUCCACUUCCUCCAGUUGCAAAAAUGGACUUGGACACGAGCAAACUACACUGGGGACAUCAAGAAUACAAUCUUGGAGAGUUUGCUGAAAAAUUCAAGGACUCCUUUCCUAAGAUCAUCAAUGUGACGGUGGGCUUUCUUGGACAACAGGAACUGGACAGUAUCAGCUCAAGCACACACAUCAUGGUCCACUCCCUGCUCUGCCAGCAGAGAGCAGUGUUUGAGAGCAAACAUGGGAAAGUCCUGUCCCUACCUGUCACCAUCUCCACUGUAGGCUUCUACAUAAUCAGAAAUGAUAGACGAGAAGGACCACCAAUCAGUCUUCAGGCUAUUUUGGAGUCCAACCCACUGCCAGUGAUCAUCCAACCAAUAACGCCACUCGUCCUUCCGUGGCUGUCAGAGAGUCAUAGGCUGGACACACUGACAAUCACACGCACCUAUGAGGAGCAGCUCUUAAUUGGGUUUCCUUUCAGCAGCAAAGGAAUCCUCUCCAGACACACUCCUCUGGUGCUGCCCAUGUAUAUGAAGGAGGUGCGUAUUGCACUGGCAGAGGGGUUGGAGGGACUCGAUCAGGACCAGUUCGAGGACGCCUGUGCUACAUUGGGUGGGCAGAUUGAUGAACUGGGCCUCAGGAACCUUUUCAUCUUUCAAGAUAUCACCAUUUUGAAUAAGCAAGAGUUGAUUGAAAAGGGUCACGAAUACAUGGAGGUGAAGCCAAUCUACAUGUGCCUGAAGAGCCAGGGUGAUGAAAUCAACCUCUACCAGCACCUUGACUUUGAGACAACCGAGCCUGCUACUUUACAGAGAAAAGCAGCAAGACCCCCACCUCUACCCCCUAAACCACAAAAUGUACAAAUAGCUAGACACAAACUUCCACCCCUUUCUCCAUCAUUGGAGAACACUUCCCAGUUCUACUCUGGCGGCUCAUGGCACCCACUCUUCUGCUCCUUAGCAGAGGUGCCCUCUAAUCUACGGGACCUGAGUGUGGCACAGGUGUGCUCCUGCCUGCGACUGCUCAACUUGGACCAGUACUGCCAGGCCUUCGAGAGGGAGCAGAUUGACGGGGAUCUGUUGUACACAGUUGAUCCCAGCAUGAUGAGGGAGACGCUGGGUAUGGAGAGCCUGCACGUGGGCAAGCUUCUCCGCUUCCGAGAGGGCUGGAGGCCCUUACUUGGGUCUUCUGGAGCUGAGCAGGUUGGGUAGUCAUGGAUGAUCUGUAAUGGGGAUUAUAAUCAGAUUAUAAAAAAUUCAUUGGCAAUCUGGGAUGCAAACAACACUAAAGUGAUCAUAGAAGUGACAUUUUGUACUCUUGUGCUGGAUGGUAAAUUAUUUACAUAUUUUAUGUUAGGCUAAGUACCAUUUACAUUAGUAAUGGCUAAAGUGUCAUUCAGAAUAAAGGCUACUUUUUGGAGUAAUUCCUGCUGGGGAAGCAAACAUUCAUCCACACAGCAUGAUUAAAAGCACAGGUUUCAGGCUUACUGCCUUGUCCCGUUGUCACACCACAGGGCCGGUGGAGUCACAGACGUCAUUGACAUUUUCAUUUCCAUUGUCAAAAUGUAAUUGACUUUCAGUCAUUUCAUUUACCACAACUACAGCAAUAAGAUACAGAAAUAAAUACCUACAUGAGGUCCAAGAAAAUAAACAUAACAUACAUUUUAUGGCCAACAAAAAGCAUGCAAAACAAAAGAAGGCACAAGGAUCUAAGCUGCACUACAUGACCAAAAGUAUGUGGAUACCCCUUCAAAUUAGUGGACUUGGUUAUUUAUCCACACCCAUUGCUGACAGGUGUAUCAAAUUUGAACACACAGCCAAGCAAUCUCCAUAGACAAACAUUAGCAGUAGAAUGGCCCAUACUGAAGAGCUCAGUGACAUUCAACAUGGCCCCAUUAUAGGAUGCCACCUUUCCAACAAGUCAGUUCAUCACAUUUCUGCCCUACUAGAGCUGCCCAAGUCAACUGUAAGUGCUGUUAUUGUAAUGUGGAAACGUCUAGGAUCAACAACGACUCAUCCACAAAGUGGUAGGCCACACAAGAUCACCGAAUGGGACCACUGAGUGCUGAAGAGCGUACAAAUCGUCUGUCCUGGGUUGCAAAACAAUACUUAGUUCCAAACUGCCUCUGGAAGCAACAUCAGCACAAUAACUGUUUGUCGGGAGGUUUGUGAAAAGAGUUUCCAUGGCCAAGCAGCCGCACACAAGCCUAAAAUCAGCUUGCACAAUGCCAAGCAUUGGCUGGAGGGGUGUAAACCUCACCGCCAUUGAACGCUGGAACAGUGGAAAUACGUUCUCUGGAGUGAUGAAUCACGCUUCACCAUCUGUCAGUCCGACGGACGAAUCUGGGUUUGGCGGAUGCCAGGAGCACGCUACCUGCCCAAAUACAUAGUGCCAACUGUAUAGUUUGUUGGAGGAGGAAUAAUGGUCUGGGGCUGUUUUUCAUGGUUUGGGCUUGGCCCCUUAAUUCCAGCAAAGGGAAAUCUUAACCCUACAGCAUAGAAUAACAUUCUAGAUGAUUCUAGUCACCUUGACAAUCUUCUCUCAGGAUCAGGAGCCUUGCAGAGAGACAUAUGGCCAUGAUGCAGCAUUUUAUUUAAAAUCCUUGAAACUGUUCUGUAAUGGGCAACACAGUAUGUAUAAAUACUGUAUGAAUCAUGAAACUUCCAGAGAUGUCCAUACACAGCUCUCAGACCUUCUCCAAAACGACUUUGCUUCUUUUCAACUCCAGCACCUUAGAGCUAUACCGCACAAGCUCCACCUCCUCAUCCAUUGACGGUGUGGCAAUAGCGACACCGCUUCCCAUUAAUUUUCAAUGGAGGGAAAGCAGUGAGAAGCGUUGUGGGCGGGGGACCGUUCGGCGGCUCGAACGUGGUGUGGGAGGCGGUGAAAAAGUUCAGCAUUUCCCAGCUUCAUGCAAGCAGCGACCCCUGUGCAAUGACCAAUUAUAUUGAGUGGUUCCCAUGAUGAAUUUGAUGCUACGCAACCCAACGCUGGAGACUUUCUUGAGCAAAGAUGGCUGACAAAAAUACUAGGAUGGAAGCAAAUGUAAGCGUUUGGAGAAAAAUUUGGCAUGGAACGAGACGAAGUCGAGUGCCAGCAAACCGUGCCAUUAUUUCCUCCAAACACCAGCUUCGAGAGCAGUAUCACUUUUAUACAAGGGGUUACCAACAUAUUAAAAUUUUUAUUUAAAUGUGAGAUAAUGUCUAAACUUUAUUUUGAUGAAUUUAUUCAUACUAUUUCAUCCUUCCACAAGAUAUAGUCCCGACACAAAUCUAGGGUUGCUACCCAAGCCGGCUGGUCGUUCAUUCUAUUGGUGCGGUUGCCUAGUUAAAUAAAGGUUUAAAAAAAAUCUGUAUUGCGUAGUCAGAUGGAACAGAGUAAAUAGGCAUUUUAACAUCAUAGAUUUAGCCGGUGGUAAUUUGUGGAAUAGACACGGGCUGGAAUGCGCUUUUAACCAAUGGGGCAGAGCAACAUUUUUUGCCAUUUUUUAAAUAAAACAUUUGAGGGGAUUGCCUGUUUUGCAUGUUAUUUUGGAAUUAAUACAUGUCACAUAUCAGUUUGAAAACGAUGUAAAAAAAAAAUAAAAAAAAUAAUCAUUGACUUAAUAAAGCUGCAUACAAACAUGGUCUCUUUUUUGCUAUCUUGAGUAAGGCAGGUCCAAAAUGCAAGUGUUGCAGCCUAAAUCAGUGGUGGUGGUGAGGCAGCCAGCGGAAAUACGGAUCGUAGGGGUUGGUAAGGUUCUCUAGAGGCGCCGUGAAUGGCUCAGUGUUCUGUCACUCAUGGGGACACUACGUCACUGCCAAAUCUAAGGGUAGAGCUCGAAAAUUCACAACCUUGGGUGCUACCAUAAAAUUACAUUAGAAGUGCCCAAGAGGGCUCAAGGUCAUUGGCCACAGAUAAAAUUAUGUUAAAUCACGCUAUAUAUCUACAGUAGCUUUGAUUGGACUGAUCAUGUCAACAUCAUACUUUCUAAAUCUUAGCUAGCAGUCAUCAUCAAUCAUUUUUAAUCCUUGUCAUACGAACAGAAUUAAUGAAAAUAAAUUAUAGAUAAAACGUGUCGUGGUCAUCGGCCAUUGGACAUAAAUAUUACACAACAAGUUGGAAAUCGCAAAUUCAACAAUGAGUGGUUUGGAAGGAAUCCGUGGCUAACUGCAAGCAUUGCAAAGCAAUCACUAGCCUGCUAUUCAGUGGAGCAGCUGUGUGGUCCCAAUUCUGGGUUUAAUGGUCUAUUUUCCAAGCUUAAAAUGAUAAACAUUCAACAUUGGCCAUGCUGUCAAUCCAGCAUAAUUUCUGCUGUCCUCAAAGCAAGUGUUAACUCGGAACUGGGAAAUCUGACUUCAGAGAGUUCAAGACAACUGGGAACUUGUGAAAAAACUAGCUCUGACUGGGGAAAAAAUGUUUGAACGAUCAUCCAACUCGGAAUUGUAAUUCGGGAACCCGGGCCUCUUUCUAGAGCUAUGACCUGAAGAUCACUGACGUCAUCAUGAUUCAACAGUUGUCUUGAAAGUAACAUAAAUCCAGAGGAUGCCAGACUUUGAUGACAAAGUUCGAUGACAAACUUUUCCCACGAAGGACUGUCACGUCACCUUCCUGUUCAAGUGAGCACAACAAGGUGAGCCCAAAAAUGUAUUGUAUGCUGCUGCAUAAAUUAUGUAAUAUGCCAGGGAGAUAUGUAUACUGUAGCUAAGAAAGUAAUAGUAAGUGUAUGUUGUGUAGUAAGCUGUUAGUAGCCCUUGUGCUUCACCCUAAUAAUUUGGUAUAUUUUCCCUUCUUAAUUUAGCCUACUGUUUUGACUUGGUGGUGCACAUGUAGCCUAUAGCCUUUUUUAGAUAAAUGUUAUUGUAAGAGCUUUCAUUGUCUGCUUAUAUGCCCCCUUUAUUUAUCCUACGGUACUGACUUGGUGUACAGGGAGAACACUAAGAACGGCCCAUGUUCUGAAUUCUGUCACUGUACAUUUCAAAAGUGCUGAACAAAGUGUUAUGUUGAAUACGUCGCUACAAAGUAUUAACUUAAGGGGGCUGAAUAAUUUUGCACGCCCAAUUUUUUCAGUUUUUGAUUUAUUAAAAAAGUUUGAAAUAUCCAAUAAAUGUCGUUCCACUUCA